AUGACACCAUUCUUAGAGAUGGAGAUGGAGCCACUGACUCAGGAAAUGGCGGCGGUGUCCUUGAAGAAGCCAACGAAACAAGUGAAAUUCGCGCCAUGGGUAUCGCAGAUCACUUUCCCUGCAAAUGUGGACGCUGCUCCAAUGGACAUGUUGUGGUAUGAUAAGGGAGAAAUGCAGAAACUGGCCAAGAAGGACUUAGACCUAUUGAUCAGUCAAGAAAAGAGCCAGAAUACUGGGGUGAAUGGACAGGCAGGGGAAGAAGUUGUCUGUAGCCGUGGUUUGGAAAUGUACUUGCGAGGGCAACUGCCGCGUCGUCAUGCACGUCGACGAUGCUACGAGACUGCUGUGUUGCGCAAACAGGCUCAGUUAAAGGCCCUCCUUGGCAACGCGACUGCCAAUGCCAAAGAGCAAGUCGCAGAGCGACUUCAAAAGUUCCUGAUCGUGAAAAGCAAGGCAUGUCAGGAGGAAGCACGAGCAUUGGGAGUUCAAGAUGCCAUUGAUGCGCAGCAAGUCUACCAUUCAGCUACGAAGACACCUUCGGAACACGUGGCAUUAUCCAACAGUGCCUCGCACGCGACAAAACAGGCAUUGACUUCAAUGCAGCGGCAUCCGCAAACCACAGUGCUGCGUGCGGCCUAG